CCAUUCUCGAAAGCUGUGAGUGCUGAUGUCCUUGCAUUGCACUUCCGUGGUACUGCUGCUGAUGGCCAGCAUGGAUUCAUUGCUGAGGUAUCGAGCAUACCCAGCAGUCCCGAUUCGGGCGCUGUGGAUCAAGUUAUUCUGCGAGGGUCACGUAUUGACAAUAAUGAUCGAGGAGCUGUCGUCUAUCAGAAUACUGGUGAAAUGAGCCCUGCUGUAGUCAUUGGUAAGCAAAUUAGCAUUCGCCCCAAAAGCCUAGAACUCAGAACCUAA